AUGAUGAUAUGUUUGCGGAAUGCCAGGUGUAGAAAAGAGGUGCUUUCACUUGUCAGGCGCACAAGAAGCAAUGAACGUUUUCUUGUGAAUCAAGUUAUUGGGGAUGAAGCGGCCGAAAAUGUUACCAAGGUAAAGAAUUUGUACAAGACUGCAUAUGCAUUGACAAAUGGUCGACCAUCUCCCGAACUUCUUGAAGCUCUUGAGCAGCAAGCUAAAUGCGAUGGUGUUAAAAUAACCAGAAAGGAACUUCAUGAUUUUGAGUAUGAAGAAUUAAUAUUGCAGAAUAGAUCCAGACAGAGCAAGAUCCGACCCAUCACUGGAACCUCAACAAAUAAAAUACAAUUGCUCAAUGCCUACCUGGAUGUAUUCUUGAAUAAAAAUGAACUUGACGAGUUUUUAUCGCUGAUCCAAAGAAGUCCAGCUAUAUCAAAUUCAAUUGAUCUGGUUGAUCAAUCUAUUUUAAUGAGGUACAUUAUCAGAUGCAGGAAAGAUUUCAGAGUUCAUCAUCUAGCUGAACUGCCUGACCAUAUUAGUGUUGUGGAUAAAAUUAUGGGCCAUUACUACCAACGAAACUUAUCAUUGUUGAAAAAUGUUUCUGUGAAUCAGAAAUUCAUUGAUGAGAUAGUUGCAAACUACUCAUUCCAUCUCAAUGAUUUCAGAGACUUUGAAAAUGCCAUCAGAAUAAUUGAUCCUUCUAUGGUGUUCAGUGUAACCAAUGAGAAGCGUGACAUUGAUUAUCUAAAGAAGAAAUAUCCCUUGAUCAAGAAUCUGCUAAGCCCCAAGCUCAAAAGCAAAUUCCCUUAUCAUGCCUCAAGAGUAUCUGCAGCGUCUAUCAAGUCACAGUUAAAUAAUGAGAAAAAUGAAUAUACUCAGUUGCAAUCUAUCUCCUGUGAAACACAGGAAAACCCUAGUGUGUGGAAAUACAAGGCAAUGUUACAAAAGAAAUGGGAAGAUCGUUUAUAUAAAGCAUUGUGUAAUGAAUCAAAACUUUACAAAAAGGGUGAUCACAGGGACUUCAGAAUGCAUAACUGCCCUUUUCUUGAUGAGGACAUUGUUUGCCUUCGAACUGUUGCUCAUCAAACUGUAAACUACAUCUGUGAACAAUUGGUGCUGCAGUACAAAGGAAUCGAGAUUAUUGUAUCAGCAAGUGCUCUUGGAAAUAUAGUUUACAAGAUCUACUGUAAACAGCAUCAUGGUUUCAAUCAAGCCAAAUAUGAACAAUACCUCCAAGGACUCGAAAAAGCUUCAAACUCAUCACCUCAGAUGGUUUGGGAGCAGCACAACACUCAAAAGUUUCAUCAGUUUGUACCGUUUUGGAGCACCAACACCAUGAACAGUAUCGGAGGAUUCAUCCUCAACUUGGUUCGAAUCCAUUUUAAAUUCGAUAAGCAAGGAUGUAGCGAUGUUCUCAACAAUAUAGAUAGUUCUCAGAUUAAGAAACCGUCAGAAGAGGAGACCCAGGUUUUUACCCACACUUACCACAUCUCAGAAACCACCACGCAUACCCACCCUAUUGGUACAUUUGUCAGUCAUCCAGUACUGAGAGAGCUCAUCAUGAAGAAUGUGGAAACAAGAGGUUACUUCUACUUCGCGACUACUGAGGUUCCCAUGCUGUGUCCCCCAAAACCCUGGUGUUAUCAUUCCCUCACCCCCAUGCUGCUGUCAGGGGUUCAGUUCAUCAGGUAUGCAGGAUUCGAAUGGAAGAAAUAUUUCUCAGAUAUCUUGAAUGAGUAUGACAGAAAAGGUGAUAUCGAUGUUAUGAAAUAUGGAUUAGACGUUUUGGGGACACUACCUUGGAAAGUAAAUUCGAAGGUUUUGAAGACACAGAUUGAGCUUUACAACACAGGUGGUUCAGACCACCUCUCCAUCUCGAGUGUGUUCAAUAAAACAUUUCCUGAACUUCUGGAUAAAAGUGCAGUUGAUGAUGACACGCUGAAGGCUUACUACCACACCUGCAAAUCCCUGAAAAAAGAACAGAACGAGAAGCACUCCCUCCGCUGUACCCAACUCUACACACUGACCCUAGCUAACUCUCUAGUGGACGCUCCCUUCUGGCAGUGUUACAAUCUGGACUUUAGAGGCAGGGUCUACCCUGUUGCUCCGCUUUUCAGCCAGAUGUUAGGGGAUCCCGCCCGAGGAAUGCUGAUGUUUGCAGAGGGGGCACCGUUAGGAGACAGUGGUCUAGCUUGGCUCAAAGUCCACUGUGCCACUAAAUUCGGGGGCCUCGGCAAAGCCACAUUUGAAGAAAAGGAACAAUUCGCAGACGACAACAUGGACAACAUCAUGAAGAGUGCGGACACACUGUGUUCCAACCGAGGGUGGUGGGCCCAGUCUUCUGAGGAUCCCUGGCAAUGCCUCGCCACUUGUAUAGAGAUAGCUGCCGCGCUGCGCAGUCCUGAUCCUACCCAAUAUGUAACCAGUCUACCCGUACAGAUGGAUGGUAGUUGUAACGGUUUGCAGCACUAUGCAGCGCUAGGGAGAGAUUACGAGGGUGCUGUUAAAGUUUGUUUGGCUCCCUCUCCUAGAGCUAGGCCUGAGGAUGUUUACCUCGCUGUGAUAAAUAUAGUUCUAGAACGUCAAGAAGCCGAUGUAGCUGAUGGGAAUGCUACAGCACGGAAACUAAUAGGGAUGAUAGAGCGGAAGACACUCAAGCAAACUGUUAUGACACAAGUGUACGGUGUAACUCAAUAUGGAGCCCGGGCUCAGAUAAAAGGAAGAUUGCAAGACAAAGGAAUGUCAGAUGAGGAUGCAAUGGAAUGUGCCUCAUACCUGUCCGUCCUGACGUUUAAUGCUGUAGGUCAGCUGUUCACACAGGCUCAGCAGAUAAAAGCAUGGUUAAACGGGUCAGCUUAUAAAAUAGCAGAGACUGGUAAACCCGUAAAAUGGAGCACCCCUUUAGGACUGCCCUGUGUGCAGCCCUACACUAAAAACAAGCGGUACAACGUACAGACCCCUGUACAGGGAGUCAGUCUGCAGAUGCCUUCGCCGGAGAUGCCGGUUAACAAGCGGAAACAGAGCACUGCAUUCCCGCCCAACUUCAUACACUCACAGGACUCUACACACAUGAUGAUGACAGCUAUAGAGUGUUACCACGCUGGAAUACCUUUUGCGGCUGUGCACGACAGUUUCUGGACAUUGCCGUGCCAUGUGAACGAGAUGAACAGUAUUAUUAGAGAACAGUUUAUCCUCAUGUACUCUUUUGAUGUGCUGAAGCAGCUAAAAGAGUCAUUUGAAGCGUACAACCCGGAAGUUAAGUUUGGGGACUUGCCUAGUUCGGGGGAGCUGGAUAUAGACUGUGUCAGAGACUCGUCCUACUUUUUCAGUUGAGAGCUGGAUAUAGACUGUGUCAGAGACUCGUCCUACUUUUUCAGUUGAGAGCUGGAUAUAGACUGUGUCAGAGACUCGUCCUACUUUUCAGUUGAGAGCUGGAUAUAGACUGUGUCAGAGACUCGUCCUACUUUUUCAGUUGAGAGCUGGAUAUAGACUGUGUCAGAGACUCGUCCUACUUUUUCAGUUGAGAGCUGGAUAUAGACUGUGUCAGAGACUCGUCCUACUUUUUCAGUUGAGAGCUGGAUAUAGACUGUGUCAGAGACUCGUCCUACUUUUUCAGUUGAGAGCUGGAUAUAGACUGUGUCAGAGACUCGUCCUACUUUUUCAGUUGAGAGCUGGAUAUAGACUGUGUCAGAGACUCGUCCUACUUUUUCAGUUGAGAGCUGGAUAUAGACUGUGUCAGAGACUCGUCCUACUUUUUCAGUUGAGAGCUGGAUAUAGACUGUGUCAGAGACUCGUCCUACUUUUUCAGUUGAGAGCUGGAUAUAGACUGUGUCAGAGACUCGUCCUACUUUUUCAGUUGAGAGCUGGAUAUAGACUGUGUCAGAGACUCGUCCUACUUUUUCAGUUGAGAGCUGGAUAUAGACUGUGUCAGAGACUCGUCCUACUUUUUCAGUUGAGAGCUGGAUAUAGACUGUGUCAGAGACUCGUCCUACUUUUUCAGUUGAGAGCUGGAUAUAGACUGUGUCAGAGACUCGUCCUACUUUUUCAGUUGAGAGCUGGAUAUAGACUGUGUCAGAGACUCGUCCUACUUUUUCAGUUGAGAGCUGGAUAUAGACUGUGUCAGAGACUCGUCCUACUUUUUCAGUUGAGAGCUGGAUAUAGACUGUGUCAGAGACUCGUCCUACUUUUUCAGUUGAGAGCUGGAUAUAGACUGUGUCAGAGACUCGUCCUACUUUUUCAGUUGAGAGCUGGAUAUAGACUGUGUCAGAGACUCGUCCUACUUUUUCAGUUGAGAGCUGGAUAUAGACUGUGUCAGAGACUCGUCCUACUUUUUCAGUUGAGGGCUGGAUAUAGACUGUGUCAGAGACUCGUCCUACUUUUUCAGUUGAGAGCUGGAUAUAGACUGUGUCAGAGACUCGUCCUACUUUUUCAGUUGAGAGCUGGAUAUAGACUGUGUCAGAGACUCGUCCUACUUUUUCAGUUGAGAGCUGGAUAUAGACUGUGUCAGAGACUCGUCCUACUUUUUCAGUUGAGAGCUGGAUAUAGACGGUGUCAGAGACUCGUCCUACUUUUUCAGUUGAGAGCUGGAUAUAGACUGUGUCAGAGACUCGUCCUACUUUUUCAGUUGAGAGCUGGAUAUAGACUGUGUCAGAGACUCGUCCUACUUUUUCAGUUGAGAGCUGGAUAUAGACUGUGUCAGAGACUCGUCCUACUUUUUCAGUUGAGAGCUGGAUAUAGACUGUGUCAGAGACUCGUCCUACUUUUUCAGUUGAGAGCUGGAUAUAGACUGUGUCAGAGACUCGUCCUACUUUUUCAGUUGAGAGCUGAUAUAGACUGUGUCAGAGACUCGUCCUACUUUUUCAGUUGAGAGCUGGAUAUAGACUGUGUCAGAGACUCGUCCUACUUUUUCAGUUGAGAGCUGGAUAUAGACUGUGUCAGAGACUCGUCCUACUUUUUCAGUUGAGAGCUGGAUAUAGACUGUGUCAGAGACUCGUCCUACUUUUUCAGUUGAGAGCUGAUAUAGACUGUGUCAGAGACUCGUCCUACUUUUUCAGUUGAGAGCUGGAUAUAGACUGUGUCAGAGACUCGUCCUACUUUUUCAGUUGAGAGCUGGAUAUAGACUGUGUCAGAGACUCGUCCUACUUUUUCAGUUGAGAGCUGGAUAUAGACUGUGUCAGAGACUCGUCCUACUUUUUCAGUUGAGAGCUGGAUAUAGACUGUGUCAGAGACUCGUCCUACUUUUUCAGUUGAGAGCUGGAUAUAGACUGUGUCAGAGACUCGUCCUACUUUUUCAGUUGAGAGCUGGAUAUAGACUGUGUCAGAGACUCGUCCUACUUUUUCAGUUGAGAGCUGGAUAUAGACUGUGUCAGAGACUCGUCCUACUUUUUCAGUUGAGAGCUGGAUAUAGACUGUGUCAGAGACUCGUCCUACUUUUUCAGUUGAGAGCUGGAUAUAGACUGUGUCAGAGACUCGUCCUACUUUUUCAGUUGAGAGCUGGAUAUAGACUGUGUCAGAGACUCGUCCUACUUUUUCAGUUGAGAGCUGGAUAUAGACUGUGUCAGAGACUCGUCCUACUUUUUCAGUUGAGAGCUGGAUAUAGACUGUGUCAGAGACUCGUCCUACUUUUUCAGUUGAGAGCUGGAUAUAGACUGUGUCAGAGACUCGUCCUACUUUUUCAGUUGAGAGCUGGAUAUAGACUGUGUCAGAGACUCGUCCUACUUUUUCAGUUGAGAGCUGGAUAUAGACUGUGUCAGAGACUCGUCCUACUUUUUCAGUUGAGAGCUGGAUAUAGACUGUGUCAGAGACUCGUCCUACUUUUUCAGUUGAGAGCUGGAUAUAGACUGUGUCAGAGACUCGUCCUACUUUUUCAGUUGAGAGCUGGAUAUAGACUGUGUCAGAGACUCGUCCUACUUUUUCAGUUGAGAGCUGGAUAUAGACUGUGUCAGAGACUCGUCCUACUUUUUCAGUUGAGAGCUGGAUAUAGACUGUGUCAGAGACUCGUCCUACUUUUUCAGUUGAGAGCUGGAUAUAGACUGUGUCAGAGACUCGUCCUACUUUUUCAGUUGAGAGCUGGAUAUAGACUGUGUCAGAGACUCGUCCUACUUUUUCAGUUGAGAGCUGGAUAUAGACUGUGUCAGAGACUCGUCCUACUUUUUCAGUUGAGAGCUGGAUAUAGACUGUGUCAGAGACUCGUCCUACUUUUUCAGUUGAGAGCUGGAUAUAGACUGUGUCAGAGACUCGUCCUACUUUUUCAGUUGAGAGCUGGAUAUAGACUGUGUCAGAGACUCGUCCUACUUUUUCAGUUGAGAGCUGGAUAUAGACUGUGUCAGAGACUCGUCCUACUUUUUCAGUUGAGAGCUGGAUAUAGACUGUGUCAGAGACUCGUCCUACUUUUUCAGUUGAGAGCUGGAUAUAGACUGUGUCAGAGACUCGUCCUACUUUUUCAGUUGAGAGCUGGAUAUAGACUGUGUCAGAGACUCGUCCUACUUUUUCAGUUGAGAGCUGGAUAUAGACUGUGUCAGAGACUCGUCCUACUUUUUCAGUUGAGAGCUGGAUAUAGACUGUGUCAGAGACUCGUCCUACUUUUUCAGUUGAG